GGUGGAUAAGCCAGUUUGUGACGGGUUCCAGCAGACGUGGACAGCAAGCAGGAGAGAUAAAUGUGCAGGUUUCCAUCCUGAGCUGCAGGGCGAAAUCCACUCGCCGACAGAUCGAGCUGGGCUUACCCAGUCUAAAUCCUCAUCUAAAUAGGAAUAAAUUGUUGCCAUUUCCACACAAAACUAGAACUACCCAGAGAAGGCUUAUCAAACAGUGCUGUCAUCACAGACAAGACCGUGUUUGUGUUCCAUGAAAAAUGUGCUAACGUGAGUAGGUUGAAUUGCACAUCUGAUAACUUAAUGUUAUAAUGGAAGGAAUACCCAUGGCAUACCUCUACAUCAUAAAGGACCCAUCUAAAGCCCUCACUCUGACAAAAAGAGGAGGUUGCGCUUGCUACAGAUUUAACACAAUAAGAGAAUAUCUUCAUGAUGAACAUUGGAAAUGUCACGAUGAAAGCUCACGUGAUGCAAAAAUCAGACGAUGGAGAUUUGGAGAGGACAACAGAGACAAAGUCAACAAAACUAUUUUGCUGGUGGGAGAAACAGGAUCAGGGAAGACCACUCUCCUCAAUACCAUAAUCAAUCACAUGAUAGGAGUGAAGUUUGAAGAUAAAGUGUGGUUUGAGAUCACAGAGGAGGAGGGUGAAAACCAAUAUAUAUGCCAAACAUCGGCUGUCACAGUAUACGAGGUCCAUGUUGAGACGCUGCAAACCUCUUUGACCAUAAUUGACACGCCGGGGUACGGAGACACACGGGGUGCGGACCAUGACAAGACCAUUGCUGACCACUUGGGUGAACUGAUUGAGUCAUAUGUAGGAAUUGACAGAAUUGACGCAGUUGGUCUUGUGGUCAAAGCAUCACAGAAUCAACUGGCGGAUAUCCAGCGGUGCAUUAAUUCAGUUCUGUCCUUUUUUGGGAGAGACAUGAAAGACAAUAUAGUGAUCCUCAUCACACACUCGGAUGGACUGCCCCCUACAAAUGCACUUAAUUCCAUCAAAAAUGCAAAGAUAAAAUGUGCCACGGAGGUGGAUGGGGAGCCAGUUCACUUCCUAUUCAACAACCGACAAUGUGAGCCACACGAAGAAAAUCAAGCUAAACACUACAAACGUUUUUGGAGCUUAGGAGACGAGAGUACAGAGGGAUUUUUCGAGUUCAUCCAAAGAGUCACAGAAAAAAGCCUGAAGAUGACGGGAAAUGUCCUAAAGAAGAGAAUACAACUCGAGGCAUGCCUACGUGACUUGACUGCCAACAUUAACAAGGUGAGUGAGGAAGAGAACGAACUGAAGAAGAUGAAUGAUAUUGUGAUUAACGACAAGGCAAAACUAGACAACAACGAGCGCUUUACAUUUAAGACUCGGGAGACGAAGAUGAAGAAGGUUCCAAUAAAGUAUCACUUUGCGUUGUGUGAUGAAGAGGCAACGUGCUGUGAUGUAUGCGAAAAGAACUGCCACUUCCCUGGCUGUACAUUUGUAGACAAUCUGUAUUGGUGUACAGUGAUGUCACAAGGUAAAUGCACAGUGUGUGGAUGCUCCUAUAACAAACACACAAAAGAAAACAAACUGUACAUGCCAGUCACCGAAGAAGACAUGAAAACAAAUGAAGAUCUGAAGAGAGAAUAUCAGGACGUGCUUGAGAAAAAUGUAGGCUUACAACACAACAUUGACGGGAAACUAACUGAAAAAAGACAACAAAUAUCUCAACUGUUGGAGAACGCAUACAAAGUCAUCAUUGAUCUGGAUAAAAUAGCCCUACAUCAGGAGUAUCUGAACACCUAUGUUGAUUUUGAUGUCCUGAUUACGAAGCUGAGUGAAAACAAUCAACAUGACAAGGCUCAGAAACUGAAGGAAAUAAAGGAUAGAGCUCAAGCUGACAAAGAUCCAAAGGAAUUUGGGGGGAAGUCGGUCCUUAACUUAUAAUACAGAUCAGUAUUUCUGAAAUGUUACACUGAUCAUAAUCAGGAAAACUAUCAAGGCACCACCUCUUGUGCAUUUGUCUUGUGAGAUGUCUUGCAUUAUUGCCUUUAUAACCAAUAUAACCGGUAGCUUAAAGACCUUGUCCAGAUUCAUAGGCCUUGCCUGCUUAUCAACAUGUAGUAAAGUAAAUUAAUUUUGUAUACUAAAUUAAAUGUGUUGAUUUUGUGUUUGAUUGUAAAGAUCACAAAUUGUGAUUAUGAUGAUGUAUGUCUGCUUUUGAAAUAAAUUGGGAGAAACUGCCGAAUUACAAUAAAAAGUAGAAAUCAUUUCUACACAAUUGAG